GACUCCUCCAGAUCCUCGGCCAAGGAAGCGAGCUGACAAGGCUGCAGUGGGGAGAGGAGACGAACCACGAGCAGCCUGGUGGGAGGAGAGGCAGGCAGAGGGAAACUUAAGAGGUUUAGCGCUGGUGAAAAAGAUUAAUUUUUUGCUGAAUAAAGGAAAGUGUCUCUUAUCAGGGGCCAAAACACAGAGGUGAUGCGCUUAACACAGAGAAGACUUUAAAAAAGCCACUCUGCACAUAUUAUUCCCUCAUACAACUGAUUUAGAGAAGAAAGUAUAACAGAAUUAAAAACUUGAAUAGAUCCAAGACCUGUAAUAGUACCAGCUAAGUAGAACAGUAUCUUGGAUGCCUUCUUUUUCAACGUUUGUCAACACUUUACAUAUACGUUAUGUGUACUUAUGUUGUGGCAUAGAAAUGCUAAAGCCUGGAAUUUAAAGCAUUUAUACCCCCCCAUCCCAUGUGCCCUUUUAAAACCCCUUAAGUAAAGGAAAGGUCUUUCCCUCAGUCUGGCUGUUAGUUGUAGUGUUCUGCAUUUAUACAUUUUCUUUACUCAAAUCCUGACCAAAGACACCUCAGUAACAAAGCUCCAGUGAGGCAAGCGGUGAGUACUUCUUAAUGAUUCAUUCCAUGCACAAAUUUUUUAAGUUAAAAAAAAAAUUAAGACUGAUAAAUGUUUUACCUACAGUUCGUGGUAUGUGAAGUACUGCCUGGUCUUAGCUUAAAGUGUUGACUUCUUACUUUAAGCUAACUAAUGCUAGAAUGAUUAAAAGUACAUUAAAGAAAAUACAUGAAAAGAAAAACCCAUUUAGGAGAAGAACAACUGAUAAAAAUAACUAAAUCAUGUGACAAAAGGAGGGGUACCCUCUUAAUGUAUUCAGAAAAUGGUUAAGUUAUAUCCUACAAGCUAUUGAAAUGUGGGGUGUACUUAUUUUUCACACCCUGCUUCUGCAUUUUCACUUAUGUUUAGUUCAAUAAAAACAUGUUGUGUUGUCCACAUAAAGUUGCAUUUGCUUAAUUUUGAGAUCAGGUAUUUACCCAAUGAUUUUUGAUUAUGUGCAGAUAUGUGAUGACUUUCUUUUUUAUAUGAAUGUACCAUCACUGCCGUUGUAGACAUUCAAAUAUAUAGAAAAUACUUUAAAUUGUUGUGUUUUCUUCCAAAUAUCUUGUCUCCAAAUUCAGGGCUUUUCAUGCAAGGCUUUUUUUUCUCCCAGCCAAGUCUUACAAUAAUGAAAUUUUCAUCAGCUCUGAUGGCCCACAAUAGUGACGUCCUCUACCUCCUCAGUGUGGUUGGAGGACUCCUGGUGAGUCUGACAGCUGGAGGUUCGUGUAUGGAUGUGGCUGUGAGGACAGCGCGGGACCCCAAUAACCUGCUACGCCUGUCAAACGCGCUUAUUGGGUUCAUUGGCUUCGGAUACCAAAAACAUCUUGGUAACUCUUUGGUAAAAGGAAAACUGAAAAAGCUCUAUGUCACUGAGAGUCUUUACAGUGUUCUUGUGAUGACGGGAAUAUCGCUGCUGGACCCUCAUGAUUUAAGUAUGCUGUGGGGGUUUCUGAUCUUCCCCGAGAAGCAAACAAAUCUGAAGUCAACAACUGCAAACUGGAUCUCUCCACAAAGGCGCAGGACUAUUUUCAUCUUCCUUCGUGGUGGUAACAGUAAACUCAUACUGAUACUGAUAGUAAGAGGUAGUGGAAACAAACUGAGAUCAUACAGGUCUACGGGUAAAAUACAAUGGCUGAUGGAGUUUAUCAGAAGGGUGGCGCCACGUGGAGAUGUGAUUUAUCUUUUACUGGGUGGACAGAAUGGACAAACCAGGGCUGGACUCAAGAAAAGUGAAAAUUACCCAACAUGCUUUACCUUGGGAUUGUCUGCCCUGUCUGCUGUUCUGCUUUGGACUUUUCUGCCUCAUAUUACAGUUUGCAUUUUGAUCUGUUUAUGUUGGAAUGUACAUAAAAGUAUCCACUGAAAACUAUGAUAGAUAUGCUUAAAAUAAAGAUUUUA